AUGGCGGAAACUGAAGCAAAACAAAGAGCAAGGGAGUCUAUUGAAACUUUCCUUAAGGUUUAUGGGGAAAUAACGAAAGAGAAAAACUACCAGGGUUAUGAUAGACGGUUUUUUGAGGAUAUCCGCCUCAUUGAUGCUGAGCCCUCAGGGGGUGCAACAUGGGAGAUGGAUGUAACUGAAUACUGGUCAAAUUUAAAUGGUGUUAUGCAUGGAGGUGCGUGUGCUGUAGUAUUCGACAUGUGCACUGCCAUAUCAAUGAAUCCAGUAUCUAAGCCUGGGUAUUGGUAUUUCCUGCAAGGCGUCUCACGAUCUCUAAACCUGUCCUAUCUCAAGGGGAUACCUACUGGAACUACCAUCCGGAUUAAAUGCACUACUCUUCAGCAUGGAAGAACAAUGGCCAUGCUUCGGGGAGUUAUAGAGUCCGUGGACGGGAAGAUUGUGUAUGCAACAGCAGAGCAUCAUAAGGUUGCCACUCCUGCAAAGCCGGAAUUUGCGGAGAAGCUGAUGAAAGAAAGAGAAAGAGUAGAGCUCAGGCGGCGACAGAAGUUAUGA